CGUUUGCUCCCGAGCCGCUAUUCAUGCGGACAGCUGCGCUGCUCAGUUGGAUGUUUGCAUGUGUGAUUCAUUAGUAAAAUAAAAAAAAUCAAAAUAAAAUAAAUGCUCGUGGUUUGAUCAAGCUUAGUGUUAAAACUCUAAAUAUCAACAGACACAGGGCUAGCCCGCCGUAGCGACACGGGGAGCGGCUGUUUUUUUUUUUUUUAUCGGUGUCUGUUUGUCGUCAGGACCGCUUCUGUUUACAGGCUAGCUGCCGAUGGACGUCAUGUUCGGGUUUGCGCGCUGCCAACAUCAGUAAGUCCUCCGCUUUUGGCUGCGGCUUCAUCCCAGAUACCAGCCUGCUGGACUCCGACUCUGCUCUGAAGUAGGGAUGCCAAAUACCAGCGCAAGACCCAAGCAUGGGAGGAGGGCCCGGAGGCGACGCAGAGUGGAACCUGCCAGAGACCAGCUGGUGUCCAGUUCCCUGGAGAGCGCACAGCAGUGUCUGCUCAAUCAGGAUUAUGGAACAGCUUUUGUGCACUACCUCCUCGUCCUCAACCUCGCACCUGUGUUCAAGGAUUUUGCACAGGACUCCUUCAGGUUCACUCUCUUUAAAUGGGCCGAAGAGCUGGACUCUGUGGGCCGGAUUCAGGAACUCUUUGACUGUUACGAGCAAGCGCUGGAAAUUUUCCCUGCCGACGAAGUCAUCCUCAACAGCAUGGGAGAACACCUUUUCCGAAUGGGAUUUAGGGAUGAAGCCGCGGGCCAUUUCCACAAGGCCUUAAAGCUCAAACCGGACUACCCAGAAGCCAGAGAGAAUUUCUACCGCGUGGCCAACUGGCUGGUGGAGCGCUGGCAUUUCCUCAUGCUCAACGACCACGGCAGGAACCGCAAGUACCAGCAGGCCAUUCACAAGGCGGUUCAGAGCGGCUGCAGCACCGUACUUGAUAUAGGUACUGGCACUGGAAUCCUUGGUAUGUGUGCCAAGAAAGCAGGUGCUGCUGAGGUGUACGCCUGCGAGCUUUCAAAGACGAUGUAUGAACUGGCCUGUGAGGUGGUGGCCGCUAACGGGAUGGAAGGGAGCAUCAAAAUCCUCCAUAAGAAGUCCCUGGACAUGGAAGUACCAACGGACCUCCCACACAGGGUCUCAUUGGUGGUGACUGAGACAGUCGAUGCGGGGCUGUUUGGAGAGGGCAUCAUAGAGAGUCUUAUUCAUGCCUGGCAUCACCUCCUGCUGCCUCCAGAGAGGGGUGAUGGUGAAUUCAGAGGAGAUUCUACCUCAGGUCGAGUCAUCCCUGCUGGAGCCACUGUGUUUUGUAUGGCUGUCGAGUGCCUGGAGAUCCGCCGCCAUCACCGGCUCUGUGCUGCAGAGGUGGGGGGUCUUCCCAUGGCAGCCGCAGGGGAGCUGCGCAGUCCGGUGAGCUGCAACCAGGAGCAAGAUGACUCCACGGAGCCGUACACCACAGAGAGGCUCAGCCGGCUGCCCGGGGGGUACAGAGCGCUCACAGAGCCGUUCACGGCCCUCACUAUAGACUUCAAUAACGUUCAGGAACUGGAAGGCCUGAGCUCCAGGGAAGUCCGGGAGAUCCGGCUGCCCGUUAAUCAGGGAGGAGAGCUGGAUGCUCUGGCUGUGUGGUUCCAGCUCCAUCUGGACGAGGAGAACAGCCUGUCCACUGGACCGGAGGAAGACACCUGCUGGGAACAGGCCAUCUACCCGGUCCACAGUGCAAUGAGUUUUGCACUAAAGCCACGAGACGAGCUGAUAGUUGACGUCUCCUGCCGCGACGCCUACCUGAGACUCUGCUGCGUCGCUGUCCUGAGAGACGGACACAAAAUCUAUCUCGACAAGCGCGUGGAUCUACAGAACCCUGGGAAACCUGCGCCGAACCCGAACCCCGAAGUGGAACUGUGCAGCGCAUUAGCGUGUCUCCAGACUGGUCCGAGUGAGCCCGAAGACUUCUGUAUGCUGGAGUGCUCAGAGAUGGCGCUCCUGAACAAUCAGGAUUACCACCAGAGCUUUCGCCUGGCGCUAACCAAGCUCCUCUCCGAACUGAAGUUUAAAAACGGGAACCCGAACACGGGCGGUACCGCCGUGUCCGCGGUGGAUAGCGGUUUACGUUACGUGCUGGAUGUGUCUGAGGGCUUCUCUCUGCUCUCCCUCAUCGCGGCGCGCCAAGGUCAAGUAAAAGCCUACAGCUCCGUGGAGAAGACCAAGCAGCAGAACGUCCUGCGGAGACUUGCUCAGGCCAACGGGAUCUCUGAGCAGCAUCUAGAGUUCUGGCUGAACCACACAGAGGAUGAGCAGGGGGUCCUACAGCGGCCGUCGCGGGAGAAGCUGUGGACCGCCAUCAUCCUGGACUGCGUGGAGACAUGCGGGCUCAUUAGGCAGAAGCUGAUGGAGAAAGCUUCCCUGGCCAGGUUUCUGCUGGAAGAAGGAGGGCGCAUCUUUCCAGGGAAGAUCGUUGUGUAUGGGAUGCUGGUGGAGUCCGACACGCUGCUACUGGAGAGUGCCGUGCAGGGCCGGGAACCAACACUGGGAUUUAAUAUCGCUCCUUUCAUUAAUCAGUUCACUGUACCGGUUCAUGUUUUUCUGGACUUUUCCACUCUGGAGUGCAGACACCUCAGUGAGGCUCUGGAGCUUUUUGUUCUCGACCUCAUGGAGGCCAUGGCGAACUACACCGAGAGGGAAGUCAAGGUGCAGGCCAUCGCUGGAGGCAGGAUCACCGCCAUUCCCUUCUGGUACCAGAUCCACUUGGACCAGGACGUCAGUGUGAGCACCCUCAGCCGGACCUCUCACUGGAAGCAGGCCGCCGUCGUUCUGCAGCAGCCCCUGGAGGUUCACGCUGGGGACUGGAUCCGUCUCGCUGUGAAGCUUCACAAAAGCACCAUCUCCAUCGCUGCUCAUAUAGACGACGCUCCCGCGCAGAUGGACUGAACUGACGCUGUAGCGUUGUUUUAUACGUUUUUAGCUGAUCGCCGUUGUUACAGUUUGUGGGAAAUCUGAUCAAAUAUUUAGCUGUAGGCUUUUUUUUUUUUUUUUAUGUAACGCCAAUGUUUUAAUGGUCAGAUGAUAGAUUUAGUACCUGACCUGCAUGACAAACCUUUAACUGCCCUCGUGACAGAACUGCUCCAGAACAUUCUGAUGUAGCUGAAGCUGCGCGGCGCACAUUGUCACUGUGCGCGUAAAAAUUCACGGUGGCAUUUAACUUGUUCUUAUGGACCCAGAUGUUGUAAAGACAUUUCUAUCUAGGAAUACUGUUCACCAAUGCACGUGGCAUUUUCCCCUAAUACACACUGAAAAUGCUGUUUUUGGUCAUUUGAUAUUUUGAAAAGCAGAUUUGACAUAUUUCAGUAAGGUUUAUAAAAAGGCAACGUGCAUGAGACACGCACUGCUCAACGUAAAGUAACAGUUUUUGAUCAGAUUAUAAUUCCUACAUCUGGCAUAUUGAUCUGGUCAGUUCAGCAGUAGACGGGGUUGUUCAUCACCGUCGGCUGUUCUGCUGUCAACGAAAUCAACACCAAGGGGACCCAAAAGGACAACGAUACAACCCCAAAAACAGGAAGGGUCCUGCAGGUGGAGGUCACAAACAUUUUCCCCCCUCCUCAUUUCUUCUUGACUGCUUUUCAGUAGUGCUGCACUUCACCGGGGUCAGAGUCAUUGCUGGUACCAUGAGGCAGUACCUGGACCCUACAGAGGUUGCACCAGGCAGUCCUACUCCACCAGGAUGGCUCAUCGAUGAGGGUCAUUUCUGGGAUUGCUGUGUCUCUCAGCACAGUCUGAAGUUACUCAGUUAUUUAACACAUCAGCAGGACCGGUCUCUGACAUUAGAACCAGACUUCAUGGGGGUGGUCUGAGGGCCCGAUGUCCUCUUAUAAGGCCCGGGGCUCACUGCCAGACACCAUGGAGUGGACUGGUCUUUACCAGAGAACACCAGAAUUGGCAGGUUCAGGGUUCCAUGGAGGGACACACAGACCUGUACAGGAUCAGCAAUGGCACCCAUACCGCCAUUAGGUGUUGGGAUGAAAUCCUCAAACUCAUCGUUAGGCCCUUCGCUGCUGCAUUGGGUCCUGGGUUCCUCCUGGUGCAUGAUAAUGGCUGCCCUCAUGCGGCAAGAGUGUGAAGCCGGUUCCUAGAGUAGGGGUCACCAACCUUUUUUGAAACAGAGAGCUACUACAUUGGUGUUGUGGCAUAUAAAGGGUUACCUGUACUGAUCUUUGAAAUAAAAGGAGUCAGAGUUCCCCUUAUGUUUAUGAAAAAUAAACACCUGUUUCAUA